CAAUUCAUUCACAAGUACAUCUUCCCCAACGGGUAUUUGCCGAGUCCCAAGUUGCUGGUGAAAUACGCCGAAAGCAAAUUCGUCGUCGAGGACAUGCAGAACUUUGGCGUGGACUACAUGCGCACUCUGCAAGUUUGGCACAAGCGAUUCAAGGCGUGUGUGGCCAAGGGGGUCUUUGACCCGGAGAAGCAAGACGAGACCUUUGUUCGGAUGUGGGAAUUUUACCUUUUAUACUGUACAGGCGCGUUCAAGGCGAGGAUUACCCACCUUUACCAGGUCGUGUACUCGAAGAAACGACCUGAGAUUUACAUCGCUCCUCGGUGA